AUGGCUGCCAAGACCGGCGAUCGCGACGUCAAAAAGGCCAAACACCAGGCUAAGCGGCCUAGGCCCGCCCCCCUCCAAACAGCCAUGCCCUCUUUGUCCCAACUGUCCAUGGUCGACCCAUCGCUACCGCACAGUCCCGCCGGCUCCUUAAUGGCUCCUGCCGUUCAGCCGGCCGACUCAUUCAUCGACUUCACGCACCACAACCACCACCGCCCAACCUACCCCGACCCCACUCCUUACUCCUACAACCCUAGCUCUUAUGGCCUCGAUGCACUGGCAAUAGCUGCGAGCGGUGAGAAGCGCAAGUUUGAGUCACAUUAA